GCCCGCCCCGCCCCGGGCUCUCCUUCUGCCAGCGCAGCGCCAAACAGCGCUGCUCUCUGGGCUCGGCCGCAUCUCCACGCCAGCGCCGCCGCGGCCGCGAUGCCCCGCCGGGCCAGCCGCUGAAGGAUGCGCGCCGCUCCCUUCCUCCGCCUGCUCCUCCUGCCGCCCUUCGCCUGGGGCCUCCUGGCCGGCCCGCCCGGAACAGAGUCAUGUCCUCGAAGCUUGGAUUGCACUCUACAGCGGCGCGAGUUCUGUCUCCCCGGAUCGUUCACCUGUGGCCCAUGUCUCCCCCAGUUUGUUGAGGAUGGACACGGGAAAUGCAUCUCCAAGAGGCGAGCAGCCAAUGGGCAAGCUGCAGUUCCCAACUUAGAGGAGGAAAUUGAUUUAGUGGCGGAUGCGCUGUCCAAACAGGAUGGCGCCCAUCUACGUCUCCUUCAGGAUGAAACUCCAGCCCCGGCAGGCCAGCACUCCAAGGUUGGUGUGUCAAAAUCAGAAUCCUUGCCCAGGGGGCAGGUGGGACUCCCACCUGCAACAUUUCACCCUCCCACAGAGGCAGUCAGAAGCUCUCCGGUGGAAUCAUCACGCCUCUCUUCAAAUGACGCGCUCAUACUUGGGAUGAUAGUUGUGUGUACAGCUGCAGGGAUUGCAGCUCUGGUCGUGGCGGCCAUUUGCUGGUGCAGGCUGCAAAGGGAAAUACGCCUUGCUCGGAAAGCUGACUACCCAGCUCACAAGCCACAGGAUGGUCCCCCGUCGUAUGACAAGAUCUCGCCUGGUGAUAAAAAGUUGGCACAGAGUGCACAGAUGUACCACUAUCAACACCAGAAGCAGCAAAUGCUCUCCAUGGAGAAGCAUAAAGAAGAGGCCAAAGUCCCCGAAUCUGCAUCGUCGGAUGAAGAAAACGAAGAUGGAGACUUCACGGUCUAUGAGUGCCCGGGGCUUGCUCCCACCGGAGAAAUGGAAGUGAAGAACCCGCUUUUCGAUGACUCCUCGUUACACCCCCCACCCCACCAACUGCACCCGUGACCUCUGGCUGAGCAUGCUGUGGACUGUCUGUGCGAAACGCCACGUGCAGGAACCUCCCAGGCUGCAGACUUCCUCGUGCCCUGAAGAGGGAGCAUCCAUCGCAGUGUCUGCAGAUGCCUGACUGUUAACACCCGCCACACCCACACGCACGCCAACAAAUGCAUCUCUGAAAUAAAUGCACCUCCUUGGCUUGCCGGGGAGCUGGCUCUGUUCUCCA